GAAGACUAGUCGGCAUGUUCUGCCUCCAGUGUGCAAGGAAUGGAAAGAAAGAAGAUGUCGUUUACGCUAUGGAGAUCAAAGAUGACGCUGACAUUGUACAUGAAUUCGAAAAGGAAUACGAAGUCCUGAAACUGCACCUUUGUUCGGACCUUAAGGAAGAGGAAGAAGAUGUUCCUCUGUGUGCAACAGAGGCGCAGAUGGCGUUUUCGCCGCUUUCUGCAGAGGGCGUCAGCGUACAGGGUCGACCGUUGCUCAAGGACACGGAGCUGGAGGACCAGGUCGUUGGAACGGUUGGUGAUGCAACGCUAAUCUUGACGGUCGCCUGUGUCCACGCCAAACCAGAGAGGGACUGUUGGAGUGAGGAGGAACGUCCCGCCUGCGGUUCGUCGAAAGUCUGGCCGGCGAAGUGAGCGAGCCGCCGCUCACUCGCCAGCGCUGACGAUCAUCUAAGAAAUAAAAGCCACAGAAACUUCA